UGAUAGAGGGGAGGGAUAAAGUUCCUGGUGAAGUAUAAAACGUCCAUUAUAUCCUCUUCUCUGUUAGUCUUGUCCGUCACUCUCUCUCACUGAUUGACUUCAAGCCUCACUUUUACUCUCACUUCUCCUUAAAUCCCAACACAUCAGCCUUGAAGCCACCAUGCCGUCUGGGGUACAGCAAGCCAUGGAUCUCCUCAUCAAGACCUUCUACAAGUACUCUGGGGCUGAGGGUGACAAAUACACCCUGUCCAAGUCAGAGCUGAAAGAUCUACUUCGUAAUGAACUGGGAGAGAUGCUUGGGAAAACCAACGACAAGGCGGCAGUGGACAAAAUCUUUGCCGACCUGGACUCAAACAAAGACAACAGCGUGGACUUCAAGGAGUACGUCAUCAUGGUUUCCUGCCUCACUGUCUUGUGCAACGAAUUCUUUACUAGCAAGAAAUAGAGCACAAGCACCACUGUGACCAACACAGGAAGCUGCCUUCAUGAUCCCAAGGAGGACAUAUUCACUUUUGUUUAGAGGCACGAACAUACAUUUUUUUAAAAGAUAGUCUCACUUUCUCUCUAUGAUAUCACAUCAACAAUAGUGAAUCUGUAGAAUGACUGAAGACAAAAUGUAAUAAUAAACAUUAUGUAUCUCGUUA